AUGGAUCCCAAUGAAAUGCCUGCUAUGCCCUGCUGCCCCUCCGACUCCACCAAAGGGCUUGAGACUGGAGCCACAUGGGGGAUUGAACUUGGCCCCAGAAGAGCUAUAAGUCGUUGUGCCCGCUGCCACAACCAUGGCAUCACUGACCAAGUCAAGGACCACGAGCACUUCUGCCUCUUCCGGGCCUGCGAGUGUCACAAGUGUGUCCUCUUCUCGGAACACUGCACGAUCUUGCCUGCUGAGAGUGCCUUGGAGAGGGAGCAGGGGGCACACCUAAAGAGGCACCUGGCUCAAGGACUGAUAAGGAGUGCGGCCGCCCCUUCCAAAGCUCACAGCCAUGCCAAGAAGUUGGCCAUCCAAGGAGGAGUCCUCAGCAAGCUCCCAAGGGACUCUGCUGAUUGGUCAGGCCCCAGAAUUUUUGUGUCUGCCCUAGACUCCAGCACCCUUGAAGAAGCAACUAACAAUUUCACUUUCCAGGGAGCCCCACAGGCCCCCUAUCCUGCCCAGCACGCACCCAAAGCUUCUGACCAGGCCUUGGGUUCUACCUCCUCAGAGUGGCGGCGGAAGCUGGAGGCGGCUGAGGCUCUGCUGACUCUGAGAUACUCUUCGCAGGACCCUUCUGGCUCCAUCUCCCUGCUGCAGCCCUGUGCUGUGUCAG